GUGCUGACGUGCAGCGCGGCCCAGGCGGGGUGCGAGUGGCGCAGUCGGAGCCCGCUGCGGCCCCUGAGGAAGCGAGGAGGCGUCGGCAUCGGCCGAGGCGGGCAGACCAGCGAGGCAAGGCGUCGGCGGCGUCGGCUCCAGGCCCCGAGGGACUCGGGAGCCCGAGCAGUGGCAGCGGAGGAACCGCUCCCCCUCGGAGAAGGCGGGCGGCGGCGGCGGCGGAGGCGGCGGGAGCGGUGGUGCCCCCCGGGCACGGGGCCAUGUACAACGGGAUCGGGCUGCCGACGCCCCGGGGCAGCGGCACCAACGGCUACGUCCAGCGCAACCUGUCCCUGGUGCGGGGCCGCCGGGGUGAGCGGCCUGACUACAAGGGAGAGGAGGAACUGCGGCGCCUGGAGGCUGCCCUGGUGAAGCGGCCUAAUCCUGACAUCCUGGACCACGAGCGCAAGCGGCGCGUCGAGCUGCGAUGCCUCGAGCUGGAGGAGAUGAUGGAAGAGCAGGGGUACGAGGAACAGCAAAUUCAGGAAAAAGUGGCGACCUUUCGACUCAUGUUGCUGGAGAAGGAUGUGAACCCUGGGGGCAAGGAGGAGGCCCCAGGGCAGAGGCCUGCUGUAACGGAGACUCACCAGUUGGCUGAAUUGAACGAGAAGAAGAAUGAGCGGCUGCGUGCUGCCUUUGGCAUCAGUGAUUCCUACGUGGAUGGCAGCUCUUUUGAUCCUCAGCGUCGUGCUCGAGAGGCUAAACAGCCAGCCCCAGAGCCCCCCAAGCCUUACAGCCUUGUCCGAGAGUCUAGCAGUUCUCGCUCACCAACCCCAAAGCAAAAGAAGAAGAAAAAGAAGAAAGACAGAGGACGCAGGUCAGAGAGCAGCUCUCCCCGAAGGGAGAGGAAGAAGAGCUCGAAAAAGAAGAAGCACAGGUCAGAAUCGGAGUCCAAGAAGCGGAAGCACAGGUCCCCCACGCCAAAGAGCAAGCGUAAAUCCAAGGACAAGAAGCGGAAGCGGUCUCGAAGUACAACACCAGCCCCGAAGAGCCGCCGGGCUCACCGAUCAACGUCUGCUGACUCUGCUUCGUCCUCCGAUACGUCCCGCAGUCGGUCUAGAAGUGCUGCAGCUAAAACUCGUACAACUGGCGUGACUGGACGAAGCCCUUCCCCUGAAUCAGGGCGCCAAGGGGAGGGAGAUGGACCUUCCCGGGACUCGGGUGCUACCAACAUAGGGCAGCCUAGCAGCCCAGAGCCCUCUACAAAGCAGCCGAGCAGCCCACAUGACGACAGAGAUAAAGACAAAAAGGAGAAAUCUGCAUCUCGACCUAGCCCCUCCCCGGAGAGGAGCAGUACAGGCCCAGAACCACCUGCUCCCACUCCGCUCCUUGCUGAGCAACAUGGCAGCUCCCCACUACCCCUUGCAGCAACCCCCUUAAGUCAGGAACCAGUGAACCCCUCCCCCCAACUUUUCUUCACGUUUCUUAAAGGCAUUUUGAUUUUUUAA